GCAAUUUCAUUGAUUAAACAUUGUAUAAUAAUACAAUACUAUUAACCUUUCAACCGCAACAGGUAUUUUAAGGUCUCAUAACAGAGAAUUCACCUUAGUCGAUUGCCGAGGCAGUGGCUACAGGUUAACCGUCAGGAAAAACUUCCAUUUAUAAACAUUAUAAUCAUUGAUGGACAUCUAGUUCACUGGUGUCGCGUUGCUGCGAGAAACGUUUAUUUGUGUGAAGUGAGUUAUUAUAUCUUGAAGUUCUUACUGUAUAAGAUAAUGUGACUGAGGAUAGCCCUUUCCCUAACAAGGCCCACCAAAUUUUUGGUAUUUUUUUUGUAGUGCAAAUACUUAUUUUUUUUUUUUGUUAAUUCUUUUAUUAUUAAAUUUUAUAAUAUGUAGUGAUAUGUUGCAAUUAAAGCAAAGAUAUGAAUUGAUUUUAUAAAGUUUUUAAAAUGAGUUACAGAAAUGUGUGAAAUAUUACAUGUGAUUAUACUUGGGAUAAUACUUAUCGUGACAAGUAAUGUAUUAUGCUUUGGAUUUGACGACAAUGUUGAUCCGGAAAACGCGUUCGCAUUCCGAUUUGGUGAAAAUGAUGAUUGGACAAGUCCGAGGGUGGACAGAGAGAAACGAUCGUAUCCCGAACAUCCGAUACUGGACAUGUUAACGCAAACAAUGGCGCGAGGUUACACAUCGAAAGUGACGAGUGAUCCUUUUGAGUUCCUCAGAGACAACUACGAUUUGCCCAAUGGCUUAAAGUCCCCACUGCCAGAGUACGACUAUGUGAUAGUGGGUGCCGGAUCAGCGGGCUGCGUGCUCGCGUCCCGACUGACUGAAGACCCUAACGUGACCGUACUCGUGCUGGAGGUCGGCAAGCCAGAGAUGUUCUUCACAGACGUGCCCUCCAUGGCGCCAUAUUUUCAGAGAACUGACUACAGUUGGCCGUAUUAUAUGGAACCGCAAAAAAACGUAUGUUUAGGUAUGAUCAACAAGCGAUGUUACUGGCCGCGUGGGCGAGCAGUCGGCGGUACCAGCGUCAUCAACUACAUGAUAUACACGCGCGGCCGCCCCGCCGAGUGGGACCGCAUCGCCGCUGCCGGCAACUAUGGCUGGUCUUAUAAGGACGUACUCAAAUAUUACAAGAAAUCGGAACGUACCAAUUUAGAACAAUAUGAUUACUCUCCACACCGGAACACAACUGGGGUAAUGAAUGUGGAAUUUAUCAAAUAUAAAACACGGCUCAUAGAUGCAUUUCUAGAAGCUGGAAGGAUAUUAGGAAGUCCAACGGUUGAUUACAACGCUCCGGAAAAACUCGGCUUUGGUUAUGUGCAAACAACAACACGAGUAGGCAGAAGAUUAAGCGCCGCCAAAGCAUUUUUACACCCAAACAAACGAAGAUCUAACCUUCACAUUUUGCCAAUGGCCACCGCAACCAAAGUUCUCAUCGACCCUGCUAAUAAAAGCGCUUAUGGUGUACAAUUUGUGCGUAAUCGUAUUAAAUAUGAGGUCACAGCAAAAAGAGAAGUAAUUUUAUCAGCAGGCCCCGUCGCAUCACCACAACUGCUCAUGUUAUCUGGUAUAGGGCCCAGAGAUCAGUUAAGCCGUCACGAAAUACCACUAAUCAAAGACCUUCCAGUGGGCCGAACACUGUAUGACCACAUUACUUUUCCUGGAGUCAUAUUUACACUCAACACGACAGGCUUAAGCUUCAUUGAGACUAAAGUCAGCGCCAUCAAUAACAUUUUUGCGUGGUUGCAAUUUGGUGACGGUGAAGUAGCAACACCUGGUGCUGUCGAAGGCAUCGGUUACAUAAAAACACCGGUCUCUACUGAAACAGAGGACAUACCAGACAUAGAAUUGAUCAGUAUAGGUGGUUCCAUGGUCUCGGACGGCGGCCCGGGAGCAAGCAAAGCGGUUCGUCGUGGCAUGAAAAUUUCUGAAGACGUAUUUGAUAAUGCGUUCGGAUCAAUUGACAGCACUGACACAUGGAGUGCGUUUCCUAUGUUACUGCACCCUAAGUCCGUAGGCUGGUUAGAUUUGAAAGACAGCAACCCGUUCAGCCAUCCACGAAUGUACGGAAACUAUUUAACAGACCCCAUGGAUGUAGCGACGCUUGUUGCGGCUAUCCGUUAUGUACAAGCGUUGGCUGCAACACCACCAUUCCAGAAGUACGGAGCGAAGAUACAUCGAGCACAUUAUCCAGGAUGCAGCAAAUUCGUUUUCGAUUCCGACGAAUAUUGGGAAUGUGCCAUACGCACCCUUACUGUAACCCUUCACCACCAGAUAGCCACGUGCCGUAUGGGUCCUCAGGGGGACCCUCGCGCUGUGGUGGACCCGGAGUUAAGAGUUCACGGUGUGAACCGAUUGCGAGUUGUAGACUCCAGUAUCAUACCCCGGACUGUCUCAGUUCACACACACGCACCAGCUGUAAUGAUAGGCGAAAAGGCUGCCGAUAUGAUUAAAGCGGCUUGGAAGUGA